CAUGCAUUUAAAAAUCCUAGGCCCUGAGCUAAGGCCGUUCCCCAACGACUUGGCAAAGCUGUUUUUUGACGCAUCAGAUUCCGGCAGCAUUAUGGCAGAGCAUAGCCAUGUGCAACAACAGCUGGAUUUACAGAAUGGUAGUUUAGAGGCACGCUUUGCGGCAAAUUCCCUUGAGAACGAUUCCCAAAACAUGAUGGAGAGCCUGAGCCCGAAGAAGUAUUCUUCCAGCCUGAGAUUUAAAGCCAACGGAGACUAUUCUGGCUCCUACCUGACCCUCUCACAGCCUGUGCCUGCGAAGAGAAGCCCUUCCCCUUUGGGGACCAGUGUCAGAAGUAGCCCCUCCCUGGCCAAAAUCCAGGGAAGCAAGCCAUUCUCUUGUGAUGGCACUGACAAGAAUAUUUCCAUGAAACCUCCUCCCACUCCUUUACGUAGCACUUCACCCUCCGUCGGUGGCUAUCCACGUGGAAGAACGGACUUUGAUCAUUACAGUGGCCGGGACAGCGAAAGGUCCUUGAGGCUUGCAGAGAAACCUCCCUAUUCCAAACAUAGCUCCAGAAACAAAUCCCAUGACAAUGUCUACUUUCUCGGAGGGCUGGAAAGCCGAAAGGCGUCUGGCUCCCUGCUGGCCAUGUGGAAUGGGAGCUCCCUGAGCGACACCUGCCCCUCUCCCAUCAGCAGAUCAGGGGCGGCGAGCAUGCCCUCGAGCCCAAAGCAAGCCAGAAAAAUGAGCAUCCAGGACAGCCUGAGCCUGCAGCCCAAAUUGACCAGACACAAGGAGCCGGCAUCUGAGAACAUCGGCGUAAGAACUAGGAAGUAUUCGGGCAGCAGCCUGAGUCACAUGGGAGCCUACAGCCGAUCUCUGCCCAGGUUGCACAGGGCCACAGAGAACCAGCUGAUGCCUCUCACAUUGCCUCCAAGAAACUCUCUGGGCAAUUCCAAACGAGCCAAGCCGGGGGACAAGGACCUACCUCAUAGCAUCAUAGACAACGACAAUUACCUGAAUUUUUCUUCUUUGAGCUCAGGCGCUUUACCCUAUAAAACCUCUGUGUCCGAGGGCAGUGCUUACGUCAGCUCCACCCUCAGUGUCCCGGGCAGCCCUCGCCUGGCGCGGAAGAUGCUUCUGGCUUCCACCUCCUCCUGUGCCUCUGACGACCUCGAUAAGGCUUCCUGCUCGGGGACCAGCUCCAAUCAUUCGUUUCCUCCUGGAGAGCCAGACAGGGUGUUCGUGGCCAGGAGGAACUUCUCUUGUGGGUCUGUCGAGUUGGAUGAUGCAGAUUUGGAGAGCCUCAGACAGGCCUCCGGAACGCCCCAGCCAGUCCUUCGGGAACGGAAAAGCAGCAUCAGUUCCAUUUCAGGACGAGACGACCUGAUGGAUUACCACCGGCGGCAAAGGGAGGAGAGACUCAGGGAGCAGGAGAUGGAGCGAUUGGAGAGACAGCGUCUGGAGACCAUCCUCAGCCUCUGUGCUGAGUACACGAAGCCUGACAGUCGCUUGUCCCUUGGCACCACCGUGGCAGAUGUGCAGAAAAUCAAUAAGGAGCUUGAGAAACUGCAGAUCUCUGAUGAGGAAUCUGUGUUUGAAGAAGCCCUGGUGAACCCCGAUGUCAGAUACAGGUGCCACCAGAAAGGCGCUGGCCACGAGGCGGACGUGGCAGUCUUCGGGAGCCUGAGUCAGAGCAGUGCCAGCUUCCUUUCCCCCAGGAGCGCCAUGAACGAGGAACUGCUCAGGGACCUCGCCAGGACUCCCCCACCGCCCCCCUCUGCCUUUCUGAAAGCUUCCAACGAGUCCUCUUACCUAAGUAUCCUGCCAAAGACCCCAGAGGGCAUGAGUGAGGAACAAAGGAUUCAGGAGCUGGCUGCAAUGGAGGAGGCCCGGAUAACAAUUCUGAACAACCUCGAGGAACUUGAACAAAAAAUCAAAGACAUAAAUGACCAGAUGGAUGAAUCUUCCAGAGAGUUGGAUAUGGAAUGUGCUCUUUUGGAAGGGGAGCAGAAAUCUGAAACAGCUGAACUGAUGAAAGAAAAGGAGAUUUUGGAUCACAUAAACCGGAAGAUAGCAGAACUGGAAAAGAACAUUGUUGGUGAAAAGACCAAGGAGAAGGUAAAGCUUGAUGCUGAAAGGGAAAAACUAGAGAGGCUUCAGGAGCUUUACUCCGAGCAGAAGACCCAGCUGGACACUUGCCCUGAGUCCAUGCGGGAACAGUUACAGCAGCAGCUGAAGAGGGAUGCUGACCUGUUGGAUGUUGAGAGCAAACACUUUGAGGACCUGGAAUUCCAGCAGCUAGAGCACGAGAGCCGUCUGGAUGAGGAAAAGGAGAACCUGACCCAACAGCUCUUGCGUGAGGUGGCUGAAUAUCAACGGAACAUUGUUACUAGAAAGGAAAAAAUUUCUGCAUUGAAAAAGCAAGCCAACCACAUUGUCCAGCAAGCUCAGAGAGAACAAGAUCACUUUGUGAAAGAAAAGAAUAAUUUAAUAAUGAUGCUGCAAAGAGAAAAGGAAAAUCUUUGUAAUCUGGAAAAGAAAUACUCCAGCCUCUCUGGGGGGAAAGGGUUUCCUGUCAACCCAAAUACUCUAAAAGAGGGCUAUAUCAGUGUAAAUGAAAUUAAUGAGCCAUGUGGCAAUUCCACGAAUCUAUCCCCUUCCACUCAGUUCCCUGCUGACGCUGAUGCUGUUGCCACUGGGCCUACCACAGCUGUACUGGUGAGCCAGCCACAAAAUAAAGAGCACUUUAGAAGUCUGGAAGAAAGGAAAAAACAGCAUAAAGAAGGCCUCUAUCUGAGUGACACUUUGCCUCGAAAGAAAAGCACUCCUUCCAUAUCCCCACACUUCAGCAGUGCUACUAUGGGGAGAAGCACCGCCCCGAAGGCUCACUUGCCCCUGGGACAGAGCAACAGCUGUGGCAGCGUGCUCCCUCACUCGCUGGCAACCAUGACCAAAGACUCAGAAUCUCGGAGGAUGCUCAGAGGGUAUAAUCACCAACAGAUGAGUGAAGGACAAAGGCAGAAAUCUUCGGAGUUUUACAACCGCACAGCAUCUGAAUCAAAUGUCUACUUGAACAGUUUCCACUACCCAGAUCACGGCUACAAGGACCAGGCCUUUGAUACUUUGAGCCUAGACAGCUCUGACAGCAUGGAGACCAGCAUCUCUGCUUGCUCACCUGACAAUAUUUCUAGCGCCAGCACGUCAAAUAUUGCCAGGAUAGAAGAGAUGGAGAGACUUUUGAAGCAGGCUCAUGCAGAGAAGACACGGCUGCUAGAAUCCAGGGAACGGGAAAUGGAAGCCAAAAAAAGAGCUCUGGAAGAAGAGAAACGACGCCGAGAACUCCUGGAAAAAAGAUUGCAGGAAGAAACUAGCCAGAGGCAGAAGUUGAUUGAAAAAGAAGUGAAAAUAAGGGAGAAACAAAGGGCGCAGGCUCGACCUUUGACACGCUAUCUGCCUGUCCGGAAGGAAGACUUCGAUUUGCGGAGCCACGUGGAGACUGCUGGCCACAAUAUCGACACCUGUUAUCACGUAUCCAUCACAGAGAAGACCUGCCGAGGAUUCCUCAUCAAAAUGGGCGGAAAAAUUAAAACUUGGAAAAAACGUUGGUUUGUUUUUGAUCGGAACAAGCGCACAUUCUCUUAUUAUGCAGACAAGCAUGAAACAAAAUUAAAAGGAGUAAUAUACUUUCAAGCCAUUGAAGAAGUGUACUAUGAUCACCUCAAGAAUGCUAAUAAGAGUCCUAACCCAUUACUCACCUUUAGCGUCAAGACACAUGACAGAAUCUACUACAUGGUGGCCCCAUCACCGGAAGCCAUGCGGAUCUGGAUGGAUGUCAUAGUUACUGGGGCAGAAGGCUACACUCACUUCAUGUUGUAGUGAACUGGCGCGACAGUCCACUUCAGGGCAGACGGCAAUAAUCUCUUACAAGAAUGAAGCCAUAUUGUAUCCCAGAUGGAAAGACCCUACAGACCCAUCCUUUUCACUGUGCAUACUCAUAACUCUUUUCAUAUUAAGAGGAAGCCAUUUGUAAAUGAGAAAGAAGGGAUUUUAAUUCAAAGCUUGAUCAUAAGUAGCAAAAGAAUCAAGCACCUGUGAGAAAGAAAAUACUAUUUUGGUAAAUAGCAUCACUUAGAGGAGCAUUUCUAAUAAACUAUUUUUUAUCAAUCGUUGAUCUCGGUAAACUAAACAGUUUACAAAAUGUACAUACUUGGAAAUAUGUGAUUACUCUAGCACCCAAAUCAUUGGUAUUGACAUUAUUGGUAUUACCUGGCUUUUUAAAAACAGGAGCAUUUUGCUGAAGGUUAUUAUAAAUAUGAGCACACAGGGCCUUGGGGAAGAAUAUAUUACAGGAGGAACUUUUGCCCUAAUUUUUAAGUAUUGCACCAAACCAAAGACUUGACAUGACCUCUGUUUAAUGGUAGUAGUUUCAAGUGAUAAACUGCAUUUUGUGUUAUUCUACACUUUAAAAUGAUGCUUUGAUGCCAUCAGGUGCCCAGGCAGUUGACUUUGAAGAGUUGCCACCAGCAUAAGCUACUGUAUAUGUAUAGCAAACCAUUUUUUGUAAAAGAAGAAAGAACAGAAAGCUGUGUAUUUUAGAAAAGAACAGUCUUGGACAUAUUUUGUCACAUUGGGCAAUUAAAACAAAAAGACUAUUUAGUAACCGGAGCUUGUUUUCCUGAAGAUUUCUCCAUUCCCAGCACUGAAAAUACAGGUAACCAGUAGCCAAUUCCUUAGAUUGUUGACUUUUCCUUUGUUAUGGAGCACACAUGUUAAUUGCAGCCUGACAUGACAUAACUAUGAAAUCAGAUUUGUGGUUUUUUAACCAAAGAACAGACCAAUGAAAAUACUUAUUUACAGAAUGCUGUAGUUUUAUAAAAUAUCAAAUGAAGUUCAAUCAUGUUCUCUGAAAUGUACUAUUUUAUUAUGUAUCUCUUUACAAUAAGCCUUUGUUUCUUAGAGUUAAAUUAAUUUUUGGUUGAAUUAAAUGACUUCAGGCAAGUCUCUUUCAUAACAGUUUUUUAAGUGCCAUUUAUCAUGGUUUGUUAUGUUGUGUGUUUGUAAGUAUGAAUGUACUUUCCUAAAACAUGGCAAAUGAAUAGGAGUAGAAAAUAAUGACAUUACUUACUAGUGAAGGUGAAAUGAUUAGAACUGUCCAUGAAAUGUUUGUCAGGCCUGACUGGGUACAUUUUUUUUACAUUUUCAGUGUGUUUUGUGUAUAUGUAUACAUACUGCCAAUAAUAAGAUUUUGCAACUGGAUGACACAUGAUUUUACUUGAACAGUAGAGAACAAAAUCACGAUUGCAGGAGACAUUUUUAUUAUCUGGGUUUGUUUGUUUUUUUCAGAGAUCACCCUUAAAUCUUGUAAUGAUCUAAAAAAGUGAAUAUAAUCGCUUAAAUUUUCUUGGUUUAAUGUAAAGAUACAACUUUUUUUGUACUAUACUCUCUGCAUAGGAUUGUAAAGAUAUUCUAAUCAACUUUAUACCUUGCAUGAUGUAGUAAACCUUUUAAAAAUGUGUGUCAAAAUGUGUUGAGUUUGGAUUAAAAUGUUGACCAGA